AUUUGAACACCCCCGCCUGUUCAAAAUGGAUUCUCCCACAAAUGUCUUCAAUGAGCAGUCAUUCAUGCAGGCGGCGACGACGACCACACCUUUAAAGCAUGCUAGAAGAGAUGGAGCAGGUAUCAAACGGGCCUGGCGCGGGCGAUGACGUCACGGACGAGAUCGUGUCGCAGAUGGAGGAUAAGGACUCUGCCGAAGAAGGAGAGAGCUCGGACAACCAGACAAACUGCAUCAGCUUGCUUACAUCCCCCGUGUCCACCUACAAACAGAGGCGUGACGAGUUCCGGAGGUUGUUCAAAGACCUGGCGAACUCGGACAGACUCCUGCUUGACUACCCGUGUGCUCUCCAGCGAGACAUCCUCAUGCAGGGACGCCUCUACCUCACCCACAACUAUCUGUGUUUCUACAGCAAUGUCUUCCGCGGCACUAAGAUUAGCCUGGCCCUCAAAGACAUCAGCCACAUGAGCAGGGAGAAAAUGGCACGGCUAAUACCCAACGCCAUCCAGAUCUGCACCAGCAAGGAGAAGCUUUUCUUCACUUCCUUCUCGGUGAGAGAGAAAAUUUUCAACUGCGUUUUCCGCUUGUGGCAGAAUGCGCUGCUGGACAAGGCGCUGACCAAUGCAGAAGUUUGGCAGAUGGUCAGGCAGGACUGUGGCAAUGACCUGGACCUGAGGCAUGAGGAGAUGGAGAGCACACAGUCUCCUGCGGAAUUCAGCAUGACGAGCAGCCUGAGUGCGAGGCCCGGCGGCGGCGACGACGGCUACUUGGGGAGGUUGGAGCGGACGCCUUCCGUUCGCCUUCCCGGACUGGAGCUCCCAUCCCUGGAAACAGAAGAAUUCUUCUCCGCCACCGGCUUGAUGAAGUCUGGCGUCGAGGAGGAGCGCCGCAACUCCCUCCGCAGUCCUGUUCCAUCUUCGGACUCCCUGGGACAGGAACGGUUGCCCGGCCUUUCCUCACCUUCCCUGAAAGAGGGCGGCGUUACUCAGGAUAGCAGCUCAGAGAGCCUAGAAGAAGCCGAGGAGCGAAUUGGCCUGCCGCAGGAGCAGGGUCGCCUGUACCUCAACAGGGUCUUCCACGUGAGCGCCAGCCGAAUGUUUGACCUGCUCUUCACCGAUUCCCCUUUCAUCCGCCGCUUCAUGAACGUGCGCAAGAUAACCAAUCCGAGCUUUCCGGCGUGGCAGAAAGACCCCACGGGGGACAUGAAGAGGACCCUGAACUACACAAUAACCAUCAGUAACCCUCUGAUUGGCAAAUUCUCCACCGCGACAGAGAACCAGACGCUGUACAAAGAGUCGCGAGAUGGUCAGUAUUACCUGGUGGACUCGGAGGUGUACACGCACGACGUCCCCUACCACGACUACUUCUACACGCAGAAUCGCUACUACAUCAAAAGUCACACCAAGCGCAAGUGUCGACUCAAGGUUUACACUGACGUGAAGUACAAGAAGCAACCAUGGAGCCUGGCUAAGUCCUUCAUCACCAAGAACUCUUGGAGCGGAAUUGAAGAUUAUUUCAGACACCUGGAGGCAGAACUUCUGGAGGAGGAGGCCGAGAUCAACCAGGGAGCGGCGGAGUCCGGCAAAGUAGGCGGGCUGCGGCGGAGGCGGCGGACGUACAGUCGGACAAUGCUGGAGCACAUGAAGCCUAAAAAGCAUUUCGGCCAACCGCCCGACGAGCACAGAGACGGCAAAAUGGGCCCGGCGGAGACGAGCAGCCCGUACAGAUGGAACAUCUCGGCCAUCGUGGUGGCAAUAAGUGUGAUUCUGCUGAUUCUGACGGUGCUAAACGUGGGCUUGUUCUUCAAGUUGUGGGCCAUGGAGGACGUGGCCCACCGCAUGUACCUGACCACAAAGCAUCGCCUUAGGGAGAGGAACGAAACCAGCAUGGCCCCCGAGUACCCUUCCAGACAGGGUUCACCAUUCAGGAGCAGAGAGGAGGCGCAGCUGCUCAGAACUGUACUGCAGGACUCCAUCAAUCUUUUAGCGCAGCUCCGCCACUCUCUGAUGCUGCUCCAGCAGAACUUUGCGUUGGCCAAUCAAACGGCGGUUUCACAGUGACGCAUGGCGGGUGUUUCUCAUCGUCACCAUGUUUUUAUUGUUAUCAACUGACCUCUUGAAAUGUGCCUUUUGUUUGAGUCUCAUGCAACACCAAAUGUAAAUAUUAUUUUUAUGCGCAGAAAAGUGAAUCAUUAUUUAACAGUGUCUUUUGUUUACAAGUUUGCACAUUUUUAAUUUUUUGCACAAGGGCUUUGAGCCCGGGAUGUGUUUUUUUACAAAUUUCUUGAAAUAAAUCUGAUCAUAUUUUUACAUUUA